AUGAAUCAAACCAUUUGUCCUCGUAUCAGCUUUGACUUUACAGGCAGGUUUCUGCCUCCUGUUUACAUCUUAGUGUUCAUCAUCGGUCUGGUAGCUAAUGGAUGGGGACUGAAGACUCUGCUGCACAACUGGAGGAAACUUAGGAUCAUCAACGUGUUGGUUCUCAACCUUGGACUUGCUGAUGUUUUGUACCUGUUCACACUCCCGUUUUUGGUGGUGUACGACUUCAUGAAGAGUAAAUGGAUCUUUGGAGAAACAUUCUGCAAGAUAACAAGAUUCUGCUUCAAUGUGAAUCUUUAUGGCAGCAUUGGAUUCCUGACUUGUCUAAGUGUGUACAGAUACCUGGCCAUUGUUCAUCCAGUGAAAGUGAUGGGAAGAUUAACUUUUACCCGUUCUGUGAUGAUCUCGGUCAUAGUCUGGCUGUUGGUGAGUGUCCAAUGUCUGCCAGACAUGUUCUUCCCCAAGGCAUAUAGAAACAACACUGAAAAAUGCUUCGAUACCACGGAUAAGGACCACGUUGAGGAUUACCUGAAAUACACUGUUGGAUGGACCCUCACUGGGUUUUGUAUCCCGUUACUCAUCACACUGGGCUGCUAUGGACACAUGGCUGUAGUUUUAUGGACAUGGAAGAGAACUGAUAAUGUACUGAAACAGAGAAGCUUGAAGUUGAUGUUCAUCUUGAUUCUUCUCUUCUCUGUCUGUUACAUCCCCUAUCAUGUAUGCAGAAACCUCAACCUCUGGUCAAGAGUUCUUACCAAACAGGGGAUAUGCCGUAAAUGGUAUAACGGAGUCUACAUUGCUCGUCAGAUAAGUCGGGGCCUUGCGUCUCUGAACAGUGCUCUCAACCCUCUGGUUUACCUCCAUGCACAUGAAGACAUUCCUGCUCAGAUCAGACAGCAGCUGCAGCAAGUUCGUCUGACGUUAACCAAUCGGUUUGUGUCAAACCCCAGCAGAAGGCCUUCUGCACCGAAUGAGGACGAACUGUGACACAGGAAAAGCCUGUUUUUUUUCUAACAGAACUAUGUUUGACAUUAUAGAUCAUGGUGGUCUUUCUAAUACAUAUUCAAUGCAAAUUCGAAAGGA